AUGAAUACUGCGGAGCUGUUUGGUCAAACGUUCUCACUGUCCCUGAUGGACUGCACUGCGCAUUUGCCUCGAAGCAGUGAGAAUGGUCUCUCCGCUUUGCAGCUUCCCCUCUUGAUGCUCUUGCUGGCCGGUGUCAGCGGUGCCGUCCGUGCAAUUUCCUCAGUCAGAAUCUCCUUGAGUUCCUCGAUGACUUGCAGUGCACAGGCGGUGACCUCCAUGAAUACUGCGGAGCUGUUUGGUCAAACGUUCUCACGGUCCCUGAUCAACUGCACUGUGCGUAUUUGCCUCAAAAGCAGUGAGAAUGAUCUGUCCGCUUUUCAGCGUCCCCUCUUGAUGCUCUUGCUGGCCGGUGUCAGCGGUGCCGUCGGUGCAAUUUCCUCAGUCAGAAUCUCCUUGAGUUCCUCGAUGACUUGCAGUUUAGAGGACGCUGGCAAGCUUGCGAGCGAUCUCGUUGAAGGACACGGUCACGCCAGGGCCAUUGCGCCUCCACCCAUCCUGGCAUACGGAGAUACCUUGUCAUCUGUCGGUCUCAGCGCGGGCUUCUCAACAUUGCUGCUGAGCAUCUUCUUCGAUGUGAGAUGCUUGCAACUCUCAGCCACGGCUCCCGGCGGCUACACGGGCGCAUGGCUAGAUCCGUGUGCAGCAGCUCCCCCGAAAAGCAAGUUUGGCCUCUUCGGUGACUUGCUGCGGACCACCUUGGUAGAAAUGCAUCAGGAUGUCGAGCAAUCUCGUUCUGGCAUGCUGCAUCUUGACGCUGCUCGCUCCUCGCGGUCGCGGUCUUCCCUGACCGUGGCCAUGGCCAUGGCCGAUGGUUCGCAGUGCGAUUGCGACUUGGCAGGUAC